AUGUGGGAACUGGAUGUUUUUGAGAAAACACUGUCCCCUGCCUUAUUGUUGAGUUAUUAUGAUCUUCCCCCGCCACUUAAACGGUGCUUCUCAUACUGUGCGGUCUUUCCCAAAGAUCACACCAUUCAAAUAGACGACUUGAUUAAGUUGUGGAUGGCACAAAGCUACCUCGACUCUAAGUCAGACGGAGAGAUGGAGACAAUUGUGAGAGAGUACUUUGAAAACUUAGCAGCUCGGUCUUUCUUCCAAGAUUUUGAGAAAGAUGAUAAGGGUAACAUAGUAAGGUGCAAGAUGCAUGAUAUAGUGCAUGACUUUGCUCAAUUUUUGACCAACAAUGAAUGCUUAAUUGUGGAGGAUGACUGUGAAAACCUAAAGACAAACUUGUCCCUUCAAAAGGGUCGUCAUGCAACUGUAAUUGUCCAUGGAAGUACCAGAUUCUCUUUCUCCGUUAAUAAAGCGAGGAAUUUACACACACUUUUAGUUGUGUCUGACAACGGGUGUAAAAUUGACUCAUUUCCACUUGAUUCAUUCCAGCAACUCAAAUAUCUUAGAGCAAUGGAUUUGAGAGGUAAUGACUCAAUUGUAGAACUCCCAAGAGAGGUGGGUGAAUUCAUACAUCUGAGGUACCUUAAUCUAUCACGUUGCAGAGCUUUGAAAACAUUACCCGAAACCAUUUGUGGUCUAUGUAAUUUGCAAACCUUGGAUGUUCGUCUUUGUUUGGGACUUAGAAAACUGCCUCAAGGGAUGGGAAAUCUAGUUAACUUGAGACAUUUUUUAUUUACUUAUUAUGAGGAAUUUUCGGAACAGAUAAAUCUGGCCAAAGGAGUUGGAAGAUUAACAUCUCUUCGAACCUUGCCCUUUUUUAUUGUUAGUGAUGAGUGCAAAAUAGAAGACAUGAGAAACUUGAAGGAGCUUAGAGGACGGCUUGAAAUAAGGGGACUAGUCAAUGUGAAAGAUGCAGAGAAGGCUGAAAAGGCAGAAUUGAAGAAUAAGAAACACCUCCACGGUUUGACAUUACAUUUCACAACAGGGAGGAUGCAAGAGAGGAUGAAAAAAGUGGCAAAAGCCUUACAACCUCAUCCAAACUUAAAAUCCCUGAGCAUAGUACAGUAUCAAGUCAGAGAAUGGCCUAGGUGGAUGAUGGAGCCAUCAUUACUCCAACUAACACACCUUCUCCUUUCUCACAUAGCAUGUCAGUGCUUGCCUCCUCUGGGAGAGCUACCACUUCUCGAGAACCUGAAUAUACAAUACAUGCCGAGAGUGAAAUACGUGGGUGGUGAGUUCUUGGGAUCAUCAUCAGCAAUUGCUUUUCCAAGGUUGAAGCAUCUGGGUUUUUCUGAAAUGCAAGAGUGGGAAAUUUGGGAAGUAAAAGAAGAAGGGAGGAAAGUAAUGCCAAGUCUUCUUUCCUUGAAAAUAAGCGCAAGUCCAAAGCUUGCGACAUUGCCGGACCUGCUCCAGACACUACUACAAAAAUAA